CAUACACAAAAAAUACUGACUGUGUGAUUUCUGAUUCUUUGUCAUUUAUACCACCAAUCUUUUCUUCGCAUCCAAGAAAUCUAAUAUUACUCUCAUGGUCACAUCAUUCUGGGACAAGGUCUGAGCAAAACUGCACAACACCACUAACAGUAACAAUACCAAAACAGUAUUUCUUUCUCCUAGAGCAGCCAAAACCACUGGGAGUCAGAGUUCAUAAUGCGGUGGUUCUGCUGGCAUGUGCCAGUGAAGAUAAGCCUGGGAUUUCUGUGUCUUUUUCUGGUUUGGAACAUAGCUUCAUGCGUAAGAAGAGAAAAUAAGAGAGAGAAGCAAGCGGCAGUGCUGGCUACCGCAGAGCUGCCUGCAAAGUCUGUGGAUCUGGCUGCUCUUAACCUGACCGAGCUGGUGAACGGCAUGCUGAGCACGGCACUCAGAGGUACCAAAAAACUCUUCUCUUUGCUGAGCGUCACGUCUUACAGCUCGUUUGCCUUCCACAAAGUGUCAGUCACCGUUUAUAACAUUUCUAGCCUGAAAAAUGUUGACCCUGGCAAGUUUCCUAUGCAUUACUGCUACUGUUUAAACAACGUGACAAAUGACUUGACAGAUUUUACAGCUUUACUUGUUGAUAUAAUUGGAAACUCCACCAGUUAUCUCACAGAAAUUUUCAAAUCUACUUCUAUUCUCUCAGUGCGUCAGAGCAAUGAUUCAGAUUGUAUCUACAUCUGUGUGAUGACAGGCCAAAUAGGGAGAAAUCUGUCUGACUUUUGGAAAAUAUUGGAGAAGUCCCCUGUUAUUAAUUACACAUUUUCCGGUAACGCAUCAUCUGACCUGGAUCUAGAUUCAAUUUUUUCAAGCUUCAUGAAAUUACAGGAAGACUCAAACAAAACCAUGGAUCCAUCAGUAGAACACAAGUGGACAUUUAAAACUACCAGCACCCCUCUUGCCCUGAAAGGGGAGGACAUCCCCACCACAAGGUCCCCACCAUGGCCAAAGACGGUUGGUGUGAAGGGAUCAGGGUUUCCAUCACUGCACGUGGAUGCUUCAAGACCAAGAGGCACAGUUGGAGCCCCUCCGGCUGCUGGGGAGAGCUUGGCCACAUCAUCAGCCUUGCAGACCAGCCCUGUGAGUGAUACGUAUGCAUUUUGGAUGCAGACCAUCCCUCCUCAAGAAGCCAGCAAACUGAUGCAAACAGAGCCAGUUUUGCUUUCCUCUGUACUGCCUACUCCACCCUACCGGCCCGGUGUGACACUGAAACUUCACUCAAUUGCCCGGUGUCCACAAGCAAUCCUCAAAGAGUCCCGUGUGACCUCACCUCCUGUCACAGUCAUAGUGCAGAAGAUCAAUCCUUGUGUGAUGGAGCUGUGCAGGUUUUUCCAGCUCUGCCUCUGUGUUGGUCGAAGAAAAUAUUCCAGAAAGGAAGCCAUGAGGUACUGUGUUGAAUACUAUUCCUGGUUCUUGAAAAAUGCAAGUUAUGUCUGUGAACAAGUCAAGAGAGUUGCUUACUCCCACACAUUAAAACAGAAAUGCAUUAAAAACAUCUGUAAAUCAGUUUAGAGCACUGAAGAAUUUUACUGCAAUUCAGAAGAUCGGUGGCAGGUUUAGUAGUCUGUUUCAUUACUCAGCAUAAGAAAAAUCAGAUUGUGAUAUGUUAUUUACAAAUGUUUGUAACAAGACAAGUUAUUAAUUGGAUGUUAACUUAGGAAUCUGUCUUCCU